CAGAAGAUUUUCUCACAGGUCUUACAACACUUGGUUAUGCUACAGCCUACAUGUUUCUAGCAUGAUUACGGGAGAAUUGCUUUGGGGCAGAAAGCAUAUUUCUGUUCUGUUUGUCCCAUGCUUAGUAUAAGGGGAAGCCAGCCUUGAUGCCACAGGAAUGCAGGCAAUUAUUCAUAUUCAUCCCACCUUUUAUUUGAAAGGAAAGUAUCCUAGACCAUAUGGUUGAGGGUGUGCAUGCAUGACUUUUGAAGAUGCCCAGAAAAUUGGAGGAAGGUUAAAAUAAUGUAGACUAUUGAGGGGUUUUAUUCCUUCCAUUUUUUAUGUCAGUUCCUGGGAGUCACAUGAAUGGUUGUUGAACCAGCGAUGCUGCAUAUAUGCCACUGUGGUCCAUGUAAUAAACCUCUCACCACUCACACUUAACAUUGAGGAAGAUGAUGAAUCACUCACCCAAAGACCAAAAAGUGCUCUGCAAACUGUAAGGGUGAUCUGGUACGUGGAGAAGAGGAAAAACAGCCAUUCAACCUCUCUGACCUUUCAGUCCUCUUCAUACCAGGGAAUGUGACUGUCUCUGUUGAUCUCACAUUCCCCUACACCACCCUGCUGCCUCCUCUUGCCUGCUCCAAACCUCCUCUGACCUGUUUCUCUGCUCACUCUCCAUCCCUGCCUGACAUUAAGAAGAGGAGCAGCCUUACCCACACAGCUUUCCCCAGAUAAACAAACAGCAGGUUCAUCAGUAGCUCCAGUCUGCAUCCAUGGGGUUUCAUUGUUCCUCCUGAGCCUGCAGGGAGGAUACUCUGCACAGCUGAGUUUUUCCAAGCCCUCUAGAAAAGCUGAUGACAGCUGGCCAUGGUUCUGCCUCUCCUGCAAACCUCUUAAUCCCACAGGAGCAUCACUCUCACCCUAGCACUGCCUCUGUUUCUUAGCAGCUUCUUGGAGAGAGAUCUGGAUCUCAUCACAGGCAGCCAUAGCACUAAUAAAACCUUCUUUACUUUGGCAGGACCCAACACCACUCCAGCAGAGAUAAAUCCUGAACCAGAGGGCAAUUUGUCCUUUUUAAACCAAUGCAGGCUUCAGAAGAAUUAAAUUGGUCUCAUGGAAACUGGACCUCCUCCAGUCUCAGAGACCUGUGGAUGUGCAAGAAGUUCCCCCACAUCAGACCAGCCCACAGGGAUGAACACAGGGUCCAUAGCAGUGAACCCGCAAACAAGGCUGCAGCCAGUCCCCUCCACAAAUGUCUCUGUGGGUGACGCUGUGGAGAACAGGGCCGAGCAUCACCUUAUGCUGCUCGGGGAAGCCGCUCGGCCGGGGCCCAGGAGAUGCCCUUCUCCAGCGGGGCGCUACCAGGAUGCUCCAAGCAGGAGGUGACGUCCCAGUGGGGGGGACACGAGAAGGGCUGAGACACAGAGGAGCUCUCCUGCGUGAAGCAUGUUCGGGGGAAGAAAGGGGGCUGCAGGUUGACCUUCCCAUCCCCUAACUCCCUCCCUGCCCAUCCCUAGUCCAUGGGUGCCCCCCUCCCUGCCCUCCCCUCCUCCUUCAACUCCAGCGCCGAGGAAGCCGAGCCGGAGGCAGUGCUGAGCCGGAUAUGCAGCGACUCCCCGCAUCCCUCCUUGGCAGAGCGAGGUGACGCCGCAGCAGCCACCACGGAGAGGACACAGGACCCCCCCUUGGGCCCACCAUGCCCCUUUGAGGGGGUGGCCUGGACCCCGAGACCCCCGCAAGGCCCCCCACAGGGCUGCUUCGCCUGCAUUGCCAAGCCCCCAGCGCUCCGGCAAGCUUCGCCCGUCCUGUCUCCUUCUUCUGCCAUUUAUCUCAUGGAAAGCAAGAGCUGCAAAGGGGACAGCCUGCGGCCAGCGGUCCCAUGCAAGCACUCGGUGGAGAAGAAGACAAUGACCAAUCCCACCACUGUCAUCGAAAUCUACCCUGACACCACCGAGGUGAACGACUACUAUCUCUGGUCCAUCUUCAACUUUGUAUACCUCAACUUCUGCUGCCUCGGCUUCAUCGCCUUGGCCUAUUCAUUGAAAGUGCGGGAUAAGAAACUGCUCAAUGACUUAAAUGGAGCAGUUGAAGAUGCCAAGACAGCUCGGCUUUUUAACAUCACCAGCUCAGCCCUUGCCACCUUCUGUAUCAUCCUUAUCUUCAUCUUCCUGCGAUACCCUCUCACUGACUACUGAGUGAGGCCAACAGCAGCUGCUCCCGCCAAAAUGCCUCUACGCCAGAAGUGUCUGCAGUUUCUUGUAGCAAGGACACACAAAACAAGCCAACCACUACACCUUGAUUGCCAAAAAAAAAAAGUCAAUUAAAUACAUAAAUAAAUGUUAAAUUAUUUUAUCAGCCCAGCUGAGCAUACCUUCCUUGCCCUGAAAUGGUAUGUGAACAGCUGAAGGAAAGGGUCUCAUUCUUACACAUGUUCAGGAAGAAAAAAAGACCAAGAAAUAUUUGUUUUAUGGCCAACAAGCUGUGUGAAAAAGAGCGUGCAAAGCCCAGAGCUACGCACACUUAGUGGCAAACAGCUGAGCUCUAGGAAGCAGUGGGGUCCUGUGGAGCUGGAGACACAUACAGUGAUGGAUGGGGAUCAUGGCAGGGCUCGCUUACAACAUAUCAGGUGUGUUCAGACCGCCCCACCACCUCCAGCUUGUGGGGGUUUCUUUUCCUUUUUUUUUUCUCUUGAAUUUCAUCCGCUAGUUCAAACAACUCCCAACCCCUGGAGAGCUGAAGGUGUUAGGAAGUUUAUGCUGGGAAGCCCCAAAGCCUCCAGAGAACCCCCAAAGUGUUAAAGGGCAGGUUUCUCCUUGGGAUCUCCCAGCAGUGCUGAGAAGGAAGGCACCUUCUGGAGAACUCGCCUAAGCCACCUAAUUGGAGUGCUACUGUAUUUCUGUAAACAGUCAAUAAAAAGAUAUCUCUGA